UCCAAUGAAUGAUUGUGCAGCUGAUUAUAGCAGCCGUGCAGUAAAAAGCACUGCUGUACCCGCACAGUUCUACAGUCCACGAAAGAAUAGGAUACCGUCUGCAAAACAGCUAGUUCGUUUAGGGGGAGUAUUUCAAGUGCAGUGAUGCCAGAGUCAACACAAGAAUUUCCAGACAUUCCCAAUGAUUCUUACAGAAACAAAGGGACUCCUCUGGUGCAUUACACUCAGUCUACUAACUUUUACAGUCCGAUAAGUGACUUUUGUACAGAGGACAACAUCCCCGAAUGUAUCUUGUACCUGAACCAGGAGGCUGCAUCCCUGGGCUUCCCUGCAGUCCAGCCUGACCCGGAUGGAGGCGACGGGGGGCUGGAUAUGGACGUGGUGUCCCUCCUGAACAGCAUGUACGCCCUGUUGGAGCGACACCACCGGGUUCUGAGGGCCCUGGACCAGCUGGAGACCGAGAGGCUCCGCAGCAUCAGCGACAUGCAGAGGCAGCAGCUCAACCAGGGCCGGCUCAAGGAUCAGCUUGAACUAACAAAGAGGGAGAAUGCAAGACUUCAAGAGAGAGAAAGGCAGUUGCAGUUAAAUAUUAAAAGCUUGAAGAAAUGUCUUAAAAAUGAGAGAGACGAGGUGCAGAAGCUGCAGAACAUUCGCACAAGCUCUUCUAUGCAGUACAAUCAUGAUAUGAAGAGGAAAGAGAGGGAAUACUACAAAUUGAAGGAGCAUUUAAAUCAGCUGUUGAUUGACAAAAAGGAUAAUAAACAAGCUAUUGAAGUUCUGAAUUGUGUGGGUAGACCUGAUGGAAGGAGAGGUCAAUGGAAAACUAGAAGAACAGAGGCCAGGCAUGAGGAAGAGAUGUACCAGACUCUCCUGAAUGACUUUGAUAACCGUCAGCGCGAGCUGAUGUUGGAGAAUGUCGAGCUGCGGAAAGUGCUUCAGCAAAUCAAAAACGAGAUGAUCGGUAUCUUAAGUCCAAAGAAAUCCAACUGGAGGGAAGCGAGGCAGGAACAUGGUGGAAACCAGGAUUUAGGCUCCGACGAGGAGGUUGUGUGCAAUGCCGGCCGGGAUGGUUUGGAGCAGAGCUGUGAGCAGGCCAGAGAAGAGCUCACCAACAGUAUUCGCCAGCAGUGGAGAAAACUCAAACACCACGUGGAGAAUCUAGAUAGCCAAGCAUCUUUGGUUCAGCCGAGGGACAGCGAGGUCAUGGCUAAAGAGGCCCACGAUAGGGAGAUGGAGCAGCUCAGGCAGGAGAUCCAGCAGUGCAAGGACUUCAUUCACACCCAGCAGCAGCUCCUGCAACAGCAGCUCAGCUCCCCCUGUGAUGAAGAGACGGCUUCGCUUUUGAAAGACUGCUACAUGCUUGAGGAAAAGGAACGGCUGAAAGAGGAGUGGAAUGCUUUUGACGAGCAGCGCAAGAACUUUACUAGCGAGAGAAAGAAUUUCACUGAGGCAGCCAUUAGGCUGGGCCGUGAGAAAAAACUAUUCGAAGACGACCGUGCUACCUGGCUCAAACACCAGUUUCUCAACUUGUCAUUUGCAGAUCAUGUGAACCCACCAUUGUCAAAGUCUCCAGGUGUCUUAUCAGAAUAUGUGGAAGCAUCGGCAGCUCCUUCCUCUCUGAGUGACGUUAUAUCUCAGAUGGUCUUCAGCCCUCCAGACGGGUCGUCUGUAAGGCCAUCCUCCUCCGCUGAGUACCAGCAGAGCCUCCUUCCUCAGAGCAGGUUCUGAGAACCUCACACAAGCACAAGAGUUGUAAUGUGCAUCCACAUGGUAUGCCAUUUCCCUAUCGUCCCUAUCCCUAACCACAUGGUCAGCCCAGUUGUCAGUUGUUAGGUUGAGGUGUUUAAAUGGAAGGACUCAGAUCAUGGCCCGCACGCUGGACAAUACUUCGCAGUUAAGCUAUAUUGUGAUAGACAACCUGCUUAGCAAACUGGAUCUUCAUCAGCCGGAAAAUUUUCUGCUGUUGCAGUCUUAACUUUUGUUCUCCAUGUGUUAUCAUUGUCCAUCUGUUAAUCCCUUGUUUUGAAAACUGUAUAAGCAGGGUAGUAAUAUAUAUGACUGAAUAUAGAUGCAAAUAGCCUUUCAUUUUAUGAUAGAAUCCAAUUAAUAUGGUGAAUACUAGAUGAGCUAUGCUUUGCCUGAUUCAGAGAAACUGGCAGAUGACAGAUGCUAUAAUAUUAGGAAUACAGUGCAUUAAUGUAGUACCUCAUGCUUAUGAUUCAUGUUCAUAGAGGAAAGAUGAAAACACCAAAUGAAAUCAAGUUAUACAGUGCAUGGUCAAAACAUUGAAAUUAUUUUUGUUGCAUUUGUAAAGAUGUUUCUUACCAUUUAGCUUUUUGGAGAAGCUUUCCGUACUACAAUAUUUAUUGUGACGUUUGAGUAGAGAGCUCCAAAUUUUGUUACAGCAUGCCAUUACCUGCCAAUGUAUUCUUUAUAAACUAACUGUUUAUUUUACAAAUAUUAACUGGAGGAAUUUGCAAUUUAUUAUGUAAUGCUAAAAUGUGUAUCAUGACAGACUAAGUUUGACUUCUUGGCAAUGUACUGUAGAUUUAUCAGUUCUACUUAUUUAUUGGUUCUACUAAUUAUACUCAAACAUAUAGCUGUGCGGCAGAGGCCUGUUGUCCUUGGAUUAUAAUGGUUGCUGAAGGUAUAUCACAGGAAUAAAAGGUUUAAAGUUAAA